GAAGAAUUCGAAAGACUUGAAGCCUCAACCAAACAAAUACCUCUUCUGUUUCUUCUUUAAAAUCAUACCCACAAGAUUCCAAUUUUCUCUCCCAAAUAUUUUUACUUUCUCACCCACCUUUUUCUUUGUGAUUUCCGCCUCUCUGUCUUCUGUCUUCUUCUCCAUCCUUUCCUAUAUAAUGUAUACCCUUCUUCUCCUCCCCAUCACUCAACCAUGAAUAAUUCCGCCGCCACAACAACCACCACCACUACUUACAACCGCAAAAAGAUAAAGCUCCCCCCCGUUGACACCGUCAAUAAGAUUGCUAACACUAAUGGCGUUUCUGGCUUUGAACCCUCCUUUUUGAAAUGGACGGUGCAUGAUGUGCUCAAUGUAGCUACUCGUCAUUGGUUACCGUGCCUUUUUGCACUUGGGUUGCUGUUUUUUAUGGGCGUUGAAUACACGCUCAACAUGAUUCCGGCUUCAUCGCCGCCGUUUGACUUGGGAUUUGUUGCCACAAAACGUCUCCACCAGUUGCUUUCCUCCUCUCCGGAGCUCAACACUCUGUUGGCUGCUCUUAAUACGGUGUUUGUGGGCAUGCAAACUGCAUAUAUAAUGUGGACAUGGCUAAUAGAGGGCAGGCCAAGAGCUACAAUCUCUGCUUUAUUCAUGUUCACUUGCCGAGGAAUUCUCGGUUACUCCACUCAGCUUCCAGUACCUGAGGGAUUUCUAGGUUCAGGAGUGGAUUUCCCAGUAGGGAACGUGUCCUUCUUCCUGUUCUUCUCAGGGCAUGUCGCUGGUUCUGUGAUAGCAUCGCUGGAUAUGAGAAGAAUGGAGAGGUGGGAAUUGGCAUGGACAUUUGAUGUGCUUAAUGUUCUACAAGCUGUGAGGUUGCUUGGCACUAGAGGUCAUUAUACCAUUGAUUUAGCUGCUGGUUUGGGUGCUGGCUUUCUAUUUGAUUCAUUAGCUGGGAAAUAUGAAGCAAGCAAGAGAAAGGAGGCUAUUGCUACUGCUAAAGAAGCUUUUAUGUAAAGGAAAGAAAAAGGCCAAAUUGCAAUUGUAACCUAUACCAAACUUUUGAAAUGUCGAAAAGACUUGUAUUUUUUUUUAA